CAAAAGGGGCGUUUAUAAUGGCGCAUGUAGUGCCCUUAUAUAGGGAGCAAAAGGGCGUUUGGGAUUGAACCCCUAUUUCCGUCUCAGUGUCCUUGGCUGGAGAGACUAAGCGGUAGAAGGAGAUCAUGUAUAGGCACAUUGCGGCGAUUCAUCAGCUGUCCCGGCGGACACUAACUAGCAGCGCUCGCAGGCAGGUGGAGAAUAAAGUGGCCCAGAAGCAAAAGCUGUUCCAGGAGAAUAAUGGCAUUCCAGUUCAUUUGAAGGGAGGUGCUGGUGAUGCCAUCCUGUACCGCACCACAAUGGGUCUCACCAUCUUGGGAACGGUCUUUGUGAUCUACGAGCUGGUCAAAGCAGCACUCCCGCACAAAAAGGAAUAACAACUCCUGGAUAUAUUUCUGCCGAAACGGCCAUGUACAUGUUGUAAGGAGUAUAAAAGCUGUAUAUUUAUUCAUUUUCAUAAUGGGACCAAUCUACAAGUAUGUAGCUCUGGACAAUAAAAUCCACUUCCCAUGA